CUUAUUAUAAUCAGUCAAACAGCAAGUAAUAUAUUGAUUGUUGUGUUCAUGUAAAAUUAUCGUCUAGGCCUAUAAGAACGUUGAUUCAAUUUAGGAUUCUCAUUUCCUUCCUUUUUGUUUUCUACGUCUGAGAGUGCUUAGUCGGAACAUGGAGGAAUUAGUUUAGACAAGCCUACUCUAGAUUACAGGCCUUUCAAGAUGAAUUUGAUGGGAAGAAUUUCUCGUAUGCUUCAUCCAACAAUUGUAUUCUGCUGUUGUCUGCAAAUGGCACUCAUAAUAACAGCCAAUGCUGAACAAGCACUCCAAGAACACAGCCACACUGAGCACAUUGAUCACAACGACACAAGCUCCAUUCCUUUAAGCCAUGUAUAUGAAGAACAGAGCCUUAAAACCAUUUUCAGUAAAUAUGGAAAAAAUGGAGCUAUGGAUUAUGAUGCAUUUAAGGACUUUCUGAAAAACCUUGGACUCGGUGAACAGGUAGAAUUGCACUCAGAAGACAGCCAUGAUCAUGACCACGCUGAACGUUCAGUGUCUGUUGAAGAAAAUAAGACCGUACAAAGCACACAAGAAAUAAGAAUUAACCGGUGUCUCCCAGCUCAUGAACUUUAUCGAAGCUUUUCAAAAAAUGCAUCAAAUGUCAUUACAAAUGACGAUAUUUUGACAAUUUGUCCAGUUCUUCUCCAACAACUGGAUAUUCAAGCCUGUAAAUCAGAGAUGGAAUCGGAAGAGGAGUUACCUUCUAAUAAACACGCAUGGGGCUACAGCUUUGCCUCUGUCACCUUCAUCAGCCUAAUAUCCAUCACUGGUAUCCUUGUUGUACCAUGUACCAAACGCUACCCAGUCAUCUAUACUAAUCUCAUAUCAUAUCUUGUUGCGCUUGCUAUCGGUGCACUCAUCGGGGACGCCCUACUUCAUCUACUUCCACAUGCAUAUGGUGUACAUGGUCAUAAAGGUCAUGCAGAGGAAGACGCAAUUAAAGCAUCUACUGUUGUGUUGCGGGGCUCAGUUGCUGUUUUUGGCAUCCUCUUUUUUUUCAUCUGUGAGAAAUUGUUGCACUUCCGUAAGGAAAAGGAGCAGGAAUCUAAUGUGGAGAAAGCAUCGCAUGACAGUACGGAUGCUGCUGUUGCAAUGAGAAAACAGAUGACAGCAGUAGAACCUCUAAUAAGCAACCGGAAACCGCUAAUGUCAGGUUGUUCUUCAUUUCCUCAAGGGAAUAUAAAAAGAUCAUGUUUAAGAGGUACCCAUAGCGAUGCACAUCUUAUACAUAUUCAUAAUGACACUCAAGUGCAUCAGCUUUUCGAGAGCAGUGACAUUCCGAUGGUGAAAUUAGAAUGUGGUGAAGGAACGUGUGAGACCCCGUGUGAUGAUUCCACAUGCCCAGAGGCUCAAUGCGAGAAUCAGGAGGAAUGUGAUGGUUUUAUAGGCAAAGAUGUACGUGUCUGCAACUCGGAUCCUGAGAAUCGAGUUGAAAUGACUGAAAUCAUACAAGAGGAGGAAGAGAAAAAAAGCCCCGGGCAUGGGCAUAGUCAUAAACAUAGCCAUGGACAUAGUCACGAUCACAACUUUUCUGGUGGCAUAGCAACAGUGGCCUGGAUGGUCGUCAUGGGUGAUGGUUUGCACAACUUCUGUGAUGGUAUCGCUAUUGGUGCUGCAUUUGCGAAUAGCGUAACAGGUGGAAUAAGCACAUCUAUUGCAAUAUUCUGCCAUGAAAUUCCACAUGAAUUAGGUGAUUUUGCUGUUAUGUUGAGAUCCGGGAUGUCUAUUAAGAAAGCUCUGGCAUACAUGGGACUGUCAUCUGUUCUGGCAUACAUCGGCAUGAUGCUGGGCGUUGGUAUUGGCAGAAUUGAAGAAGCUAACCUGUGGAUAUUUGCACUCACAGGGGGAAUGUUUCUCUAUAUAGCAUUGGUAGAUCUGCUUCCAGAAUUGCUAGAGAGUUCCAAUAGACAUGUCUGCAUGGUGUUGCUACAGUCAUUUGGAAUCAUGUGUGGUUUGGGUAUCAUGGUAUUAAUUGGCCUGUAUGAAGAAACAAUGCAAGAGAGAUUAUAAUCAACUACACGUCAAAGAAUUGUUUAUAGAUGAGAUACAGCAUUAAUAGCCUAUACCACAAUGGCAUAUCUAAGGUGGAGAGGUGGAGUGAUAGGAAUGCAAGCCUAGUAGAAAAAUUGUGCAUUACCUCUAGGUGACCACCCUCCCCACUAAAAUUUUUCUGUUCAUUAUUUAAAAAGUAAAAAAUCACCACAAAAUCUGACCAGAUUGCUCCCCCUGACUUCAAUCAGCCAGUGAUAUCCCUAGAUACACCAUUGAUAUAGUCAAUCCAUAUUAAAAAGUAAUUAUAUAUCUGUGUGCUAUUCUAGAUAUGGAUGUGCUUAGAUCUUGACUAUAGCAUUGUCAUCUACUGUAUAGUCAACCACAGCAUUUAACCCACCAUAUUAUUAUACCUAAAUAUACCACUGUAAAAACUUUGGUAAUUUGAGUACCAAUUACCCGGAAAUGGUAAUACAGUAUUAUUGCGUAGAGUAAGUAAAAUAAAGAAUGUAUGGCGGUACCGUUAAUCAAACCAGUAAAUAUGCCACUAGGGUAAAAUAUAUUAAUUCAGUAUCAAAUCUGUAUUCAUAUUUUCUAACUUGUGCUGACGAUGUCCAUGGUCCAAGCCUUUGAUAAUUACAGUAUUAGUAAAAUCCAGGGUCCAAGCAUUUGAUAAUUAUUAAUUAGUAAAGUCCAGGGUCCAAGCCUUUGAUAAUUAUUAAUUAGUAACGUAAAUAAUUUACUUGUAAACAUAAUUUGUAAACAUAAGCUCUGGGGUAGUAGAAGUCCUGAAAAUAUUCAUGAAAAAGAAUUAGAAGCGAUUACUGUAAUUACGAGCUUGCAUUCGCGAUAAACGGUCAGCUGUAUUUAUUUAUAUAAUAUAUUUAUUUAUAUUAUUAUUUUUAUUUAGCUAUUCCGGGCCCCCCCCCCCCAGCUGGGCCCGGGCCCCAGGGUACUUGCCCCAGUUACCCCGGCCUCUUGGCGCCACUGAUCAUGACCAUAUUUAGGCAUGUCACAUGUUUAUAUCAAUGAGAUUUAGUAGUGUGGACAAGACAUUAAGAAAGCUCAUUAAACCAAAUUUCUUGGAAGCAGCUUUUGCCAACUUGGGAUCUUUGUAGUUCUAGUGUAUAUAAACUCUAUGGCUCAAUUUAAUUUCUAUGGACAAAUAGAUAUACAUCUGGUAAUGUGUCCAUGGGAGUGGGCUAGCAAUGCCUUGACAGAGGGAUGGGUUCAAAUCCCAAGACCAACUUGAAUUGUAAUUUCUACUUUGAAUUGGUUGAUUUUUGUUAUCCAGUUGUCUGUGUACUUCAUUCAAAUCCAUCAGAAUUUUAGGUGUCGUUAAGUUAGGUGGACAUCAGAUUUCAAUUUUUUUUAUAUGUUGUUAUUUUAUCGUUUUUUUGCAUAACUUAAUGAUACCCACACAUAUAAGGAAUUAUUAUUUUUUAUUUUAAUGGAUCGUGAGACAAAAAAAAAAAAUAUGAGUACUGUACCUCUGCGUUCAUUCAAUAAUUAUUAUUUUAAAAUCCACCAGAUGUUGGACUAACAUUUUACCCAUUUGCAAUGGACCUUUCAAACUACUAACCAAUCAGAACAUGUUAUUUUAUUAGCAAGGAAUAUGUGCAUAUACCACAAACAUGCAAAUUUAUGCUCUUUGAAAUUCAACACCUUAGCAACAGUAUCUAAGGGGUGUGUUUUAGUGGCAUGUUCCAUUUGAGCUCUGAAUUAAGCAGGUUUGAAUUAUAUAACUAGGAAAGUUUUAAAAAUGCACAUCUAGUGGGAUUUAUUGGGAGUUUGCAAUGUAUGCUUUAUUUUUGUUGUAUCUUCUUCGGUAAUUUCAUCAAUUGAUUUUAAGACAACAACAUUAUGCAGUGCACAAAUGCCACAGUAUGUUUCUUAAAGCUUGGGGUGACACAGCUGAGUGACGCCAGGGUCCAGGGCAUCUUGAUUUAAACUUAUCAUUUGCAUAAUACAUUAGGUUAUACGUCUGAGCUUAAUGGUUUUUUAAAAGCCGAGUUUUGCACAAACUGGUAGACCACCCGCUGAUACAACACCGGUAGUAACCCUAUGUAACAUUUUCCCUGAUCUCACCCGACUACACCCAAAGUUUUAUAAACACAUGGUAUUAAUAUCAAUGAGUUUUUACUCACCAAAACUCAAGUGUAUGGCUGUGUCCCACGGUGCUGGAAUUCCUUUGUAUCCCAAUAUGCAUAGUUAAUGUAUUACUUUUUCAUUUAUGUAUCUUCUUGUAGUACUUAACUUAUCAAUGUAUUGUGAUUCAAAUACCAAAGCUCAAGUGUAUGGUUGUGUCCCACGCUGCUAGAAUUCACUGGUAUCCCAGUAUGCAUAGUUACUGUAUUCUUUUUCAUUUAUUUAUCUUGUAGUGGGUGCAUAAUUGAUGUAUUCUUUUCCAUUUAUUUUUCUUGUAGUAGGCUGAUCAUAACCAUGCACGAUGUUUACUUAACUUAUCAAUAUAUAAGGCUCAAGUGUGUGGUUGUGUCCCACGCUGCUGGUGUCCUUGGUGUCAAUUUUUUUGGACGUACCUUCCUUUUGGAAGAGUGCCACUGAUAUAAAAGUGAAGUUCUCAAUAAUUAAAUGUAUUAAUUUUUUAUUUAUUGAACUUGAAGCUGGAUUAUAGCGAUGCUUUUAACUUUAUCAAUGUAGUGUAUUGUGGUUUAUAUCCAGAGCAAUCAUAUUGUGUCUCGCAUUCAAGGGCUCUCACAAUCUUUCACACUCAAUGACCAAACACACCUAACAAAAUCCUUUAUACUCUAUGUUUUAUUUAUGCUUUGAAAUUGCAUUCUUUGUAUUCUUUAAUAGUAAUUUUGACAGCCAAGAUAGGCUGCAUAAAACUGCACUUGGGAUGUCUUGCUUGCUUUACCAUGCAUUCUAAUGCCAUGGCCACACUUAUGGUUAUCAAAUCCUGAUAACCAUUUAGAAACCCCAGAAGCAGAAACUCCUCUAUAUCAUUAUAAUUGUCAUAAAAUCUAGUUCAAUCUCUCUUGGAAACAGAAUAAUUCAACACAAUAACUUUAAUCGUGAGUAGCAUACAAUUUGAGGAUCAUGUGUUUACAUGCAGCGUGUUGUGCUGUUGAAUCCAGCAUGCAAAUUUAUUGUUAUUAUGACCAACACUUUUACAUUUGAAGUGUGGACAAAAAAUACCAUGUUUAGUGCUAUAAUUAUUUUUCUACAAUUGCCAUAUACUGUAGAAUUAUUAUUAUUAUACCAUAUAGAAUUAUUAUUAGUUAAACUAUUAUCAUAAAAUACAGUUGUAGUCAUUUAGUUAUAGUAGUAGGUGUAGUCGUAUUAGUUAGGUAUAACUAUGUAAAAUGAAACACUGCUGGCUUCAGUGCACCUGAUGAAUAGACCACCUGAUGAAUAGACUGCUGGCCAAAAGCUUGUGUGAAUAAAUACUAUUACUUAUCCACUACGUGACACGUGGCACAUGGCUGAUAUCUUCUUCCACUUUCUUCUGUACUGAGCUGCAUGUCUCGCUUCUGGCCAACUUCCGCAUCCAAAAGAUGUUCUUUCGAUCACAACUGACCUUCUCUAAGUAGUUUUUGGUCUGCCUUGCAUUCUCUUUCCUUCUGUUGUCCAUGAAAGGACAAUAUUCUGGUCACCGUUGUUGUCCAUGUGCAGUAAAGUGCUACCAGUGUUUAAUUUUACAUAAUUAUUUAGUUUAGGUUUUGUGUAAACUUAAUUAAGACUUUCUUCUGUCUAGGCCUAGUAAAAGACUUUUCAAGCUUUA